GUGACGCGCUCGGUCCCAGAAUGCUGCCUGGUAAACAGACAUGGAAGCACCUGGCGAAGACCUCCACAGUCCCUGAGCACUGCGCCGCCGCUUUGCGUUCCUCCCCCAGACUCAUUCUCAAUCUCCUCUAACGGCUCACACAUCUGCUCGCUCUCGGAGCCCGGCUCGGAUCUCUGAGGUCCGGGACGUAGGUCCUGUGUUCAGCACGCGUGGCCGAGCGCAACCAGGGAAACCGAUGAGGAGCUGCUGAUUUGGGCUGCGGACUCCUGCUUUUCACUUUUCAGUAGCGGUGAAGCAUGUCGGAAAGGGACGAGGAGGGCGAGCCGCGGGCGGAGCAGCGCGCCAGAGCGCCGCCCAGACACCAGCAGCAGCGGACUGAAGGCGCGUCAGCAAUGGCGGCCAUCGGCGAGCGCGCGGCGUCUCUCCCGAGUCCGGAAGUCAUGCUGGGCCAGGCGUGGAGCUGCUGGGUGGACGCCGCGAAGCUGCACGCGACCGACGGCAUAGAACCAGAAGAAAGUUUUAAAGAGUGCGGGAGGAACCGAGAAGCCAUGCGACUGUGCAGAGAUGAUAUGCCCAUUUUCGGGCAAUGUCCUGCACAGGACGACUUUUACCUGGUCAUGUGCAGUCACUGCAGUCAGGUCGUCAAACCCCAGGCCUUCCAAGCACACUUCGAGAGACGACACAGCUCCAUUAACAAGCCAGCGUUGUCCUAUUCAUCCUCGGCUGCGCUCCCGGGUCUCCCUUCCCGGGCGAGAACCGGAGGAGCGGGUGGAGGCGGCCCUGCCAGCACCAUGCCCGUGGGUUCCUCCUCCUCCUCCGCUGGAGGGAGCAACAACACCCACACAGCCAAAGAGAAGCUGCCUCACCGGAAGCCUCACUUCCCCCCAAAGGUGCUGCACAACGACAUUUUGACCCCAGCUGUCAAAGUGGAGAAGAUCCAUGUGAAGAUGGACUACGCCUCCUCCAAACCUGGCCACGUUCCUGCUUCUUCUUCCUCUUCUUCCUGCAGUACUGUGAGCUCCUCGCCCUCGAAGCCAGGCCUUAAUAGCCAGUCUAUACCAAAGGCUCAUCAGGCGUCCCCCGGCCACAUCCCCAACGGAAAGAGCCACCUCUCUCCGCUCAGCAAGAAGCAGGACAGCAGCACCAACGCCAGUAGCAAAAGACCCCCCAGGAAAGUGUUAGAACGCGAGUUCAAUCCUGAUGUUCAUUGUGGCGUGAUGGAUAUCGGAGCACGUAAGCCAUGCACAAGAUCCUUAACAUGCAAGACACAUUCCUUAAGCCAGAGAAGGGCGGUGCCCGGGAGGCGGAAGCGCUUCGACGUGUUGUUGGCCGAGCAUAAGGGUCGGGCCCGGGAGAAGGAGCUGCAGCAACAACCGCAUAGGACGGAGCCAUCACAGCAAACCCCACCGCCUCUCAGGGAGACCCACCCACCCUCUCACCAUGGCAACCCUACAGCCACCACUGACGCAACCAAGCUCUUCCCCCUCAGCAAAACCAAACCCCACAAUCCUGUGCUUCCACGCAAUAGCUCUCACAGUGGGCUGAGCAGUUUAGGGGACGCUGCCGCGACCCCUGACCCGACCCUGCAUCCCCACUUGGCUCUCACGCCCGACGGCGCGGCUUGUCCCUCCAGUGACGAGGGCGAGAACGAGGAGAGAGAGGAGAGCAUGGACAAACUGGACUGCCACUAUUCAGGUUACCAUCCACGGCCAGCUUCAUUCUGCACUUUCGGAAGCCGACUGUUCGGGAGAAGCUGUUACUUGUUUGACCGGCGCUGGGAUCGAGUCCAGUACGCGCUGGUGGCCAUGAUGGACAAACACGUCAACUCGCUGAUGUGGAAAAAAAUCCCACUCGCAUUGGAGAAUUCUUCCUCCUCCUCGUCCUCAUUGGCGGCAGUUACGUCGUCUCACAGGUCGAGCACAAACUCGCUGUCCUCUUCCUCUGGCUUUCUGAGCCCCUCUCCUCCACCGCCUUACAGCCAGUCACAUGACAGCAAGCCCACACUGUCGUACGGGACCACCCUAAAUGCCCGCGUGACAUCACAGAGGGCUGGAGAGCAGCUCGCUUACAGCGGAGGUGGCUCGUCCAGACAAGUGUCCUCGUCCUCACCCCAGAUGCCUUCAGCGCACUCGUCCUCGCUGCCCUCCGCUCCCGGCUCGAACAAAUCCAUCAAAUCACGUACCGGACCCAAGCACUUCUGGGUCAAGGAGCCCUCCCCGGCUUCACUAGCUAGCUCCAGUGCUAACAACAACAGCAGCAGCAGUGACACCAGUGGUGUGAGUGUGAGCAGCAACAGCGCGAUCAGCCUUGGCUCAACAAAGAAGCGCAAGAACAGCUCUCUGAAAUACGGCGCAGAGUCCUCCCCUUCAUCAUCCUCUUCCUCUUUGAAAAAGAACUGCAUGGCGAACUCGGGCACCUCAGGGAGCAGCUUCCACUCCUCGCUAACCUCCACGGCGGCGUCUGUGGCUUUUUCGUCAUCGUCAUCCUCCUCUUCCUCCCACAGUGCAGGUAUGAACUGUCCACCAGGCCGCGGAAACUCGAUGAGCGCGCGCCAGGAAGCAGCCGAGCCCAUCAAGCGCAUGAGCGUGAUGAUGAACAGCAGCGACUCGACGCUCUCGCUCGGCCCAUUUGUGAACAACCCGGACGGGAGAACUGACACAAAGAGGAGGAAGAGUUCACAGGCCACCAGCAGCCUCACCGGCACAGCUACCUGCACAGCAUCUGCGGGAGGAGGUGGAGGGGCACAGGGGCCUGGCAGGCCAAAAAUGGCCAAGUCUCCAGCCAUCAACAACAUUCACGGCAAACACACGCGGCCCAUGCCGGGAACGCCGGGGCUCCCUAACAACUCGCUUAUACAUCAGCCAAAGGCCCGUCCCUGACACAGGUGGGCCGGCUCUGGGGGUGCGAAGCGGUGGAGCGGAGCUCCCUUAGCGCCCGUCACGGCACACUGCACGAGGCCUUCUUCUUCUUCUUCUUCUUCUUCUUCUUCUUCUCUUACUCUCAGCUUCCCACAAUCCUCAGGGUGGAGAGCGCACUGGGCCGCUCAGUGAUGGCGCGCUAUUUCUCCCGGCAACAAGGGGGCAUCACAAAGGUGGAAAAGACACCACGAGAGGGGCACGUGUGUGUAUAUGUACGUGUGUGUGGGGGGGGGGGGGUGGAUGAGAUGGCAGUGGCCCCAGUGGCAGGCAGCGUGUGCUGCAGAGGUACAGUUAAGGGCUGGUACAGGGCCAUGCCUACACUAUUACACAACGUCAGACGGGCUUCGUUGGCGAAAGGAGCAUUCCUGUCGAGAUGUGUGUGUGUGUGUAUGUGUGUUCAUGUGGGUGAAACCGGAAUACUGGAAAUGAAAUUCUGUGUGAACUGUGAGUGUUUGUUUGAGGGUGGUGCACAGGAAAAGGACGGAAUAUCAGGAGUCUCUGAGAAGGAAAACAAAUGCAAUCCCGUUUAGUUUAAUAAACAUAUUUAUUUUGUAAAAGGAGGAGUAUAUACAAUAAUGCAAUCCAUCAGAUUUGAGAGGAAAGUCAUCACCGUGUCCAAAUGAACAACGCAGAGCAUUUAAUUAAGUCUUAAUGUUUCUUCAGCAAAAUAUUUGGGUCACAUACAGAGACUAAUUGUAAGGUCUGUAAAAGAGGGUGGAACAAAAUGUUAUUUUGCAGCUACGUUUUAAAAAUCCGCAGAAACUUCCUUAAAGACGAGUUAAAAAUGUAGUUUACUCGCCCAGUUUGGUUUAAAAUCACUUACUUACACUUGCGUAACAAAAUCCAGCACUGCUAACGAGUCGAACCGAAACGUUUUUUUCUUAUCGAAAGCUAAGCGGCGUUUUCUUAUCGUUUCCGCACUCGCGUUAAAGGAAUACUUGGGAUUUUCGUCUCUAUCCACCACGUGAACGUGUUUACCACGGACAAGAAUUCCCACUCUCCCGAAUUAUCCGGGUACUAAAAGCAACAGUUAGCUUAAUUUCAACAGUGAGACCCUGGCACGAGACCUUUUGUUGUUGGUGUUGCAACAGUUGUCGUUUUGAAUUUGCGUAGACCUCUGCUCUGAGUGAGUUGGAGUAAACGGGUCGUCUUCUCAGCAAACGGGAAACGUGUUGAAAUCCUUGACUGUCGUAAUCACACUUACGCUACAUGUGCAUGCAGUGGCAGCAUAAGGCUCUGCUCACACUGGUUCUGCCAAGCGUGGACCCAGAUGGUCGCCACAGCAGUCAGGAAGACUUCACAGGAGGGCCAGAUAUUUGCGCAACACCUCCAGGUCUGUGAGAAUGCUGUCGGACCAGUACGUGGCUUUUUAUUCUGGGACGACUGCGUUUAACCCAGAUCGACCACCAUGUCAGCUUCCGCCUUAACCUCUGAUUUAACAGAACACCAUGUGAACCCACGAGCCAUACUAAUACCGUCGUGACUUCCUGCAGGUCUGCCAGUUUAGAGACCGAUUUGUUAUAUUGAAGAAGGUUUGUUAAUUAAAAAUAAUAAUGAUGAUGCACUACAGCCGUGGUGGAUAGAGAUCAGGGUUGAAAAUCACUGGAGUAUCCCUUUAAUCAGUUAUAAUGAAGCUUCGUGUCCUCUUGAAAGCUGACUUUUAAACGCUUUUAGCCAAUUAUAACGUCCGUUACGUUACAUUUAUUCAGUCCUACAGAUCGUCGAUCACCUUUAGUACCCGUCAGACUACAUCAGAUCUCUCUUAAUCACUACGGCUAUGUGGAGACUUUCAGGCUGUAAGGGAUAAGUGCUUGUCCAAACACACUAAAAGAGAUCAUGCAAUUUAUUAUAAAACCUUGAGGGUUAAUUCUGUAUUAUUAGUAUUAUUAUUAGUUUUGCAACAACGAUGCACAUCUACACUAUAACAUGUAACACAUUGAUGUUGUCUGUUCGUGACUCGACAGCAACAGCAGUUUAAGGAAUACUUCACUCACACAUUUGUGUGUGUGUAUGCAGCUAAGAACGAAUGAAAGACUGUGACUUAGCGUGAUCAUUUCCUGAAUUCUACUACCGUGCAUCCAUUAUUGGCGUAAUCAGCACGAGUGCUUUCACGCUUGGUGCGUUUUGUUUUUCUUUCUUUUUCCCCCAUUAAAAAAUAACGGUCCUAGAUAGUAUCGUCUAUCUAACUAGUCUAUUGGCCAUGGAAUAGUGUUUAGUCGGUGUUUAGUCUGCCGUGUUUUCACUUGCCUGUAGAAUCACACAGGGUUCCCGCUCAACCAAUCACGUUUGCGCCAAUCCGUGAGCAUCCGAGCGAGUAAUUCAACUCCGAAUCGACUCGACUGGAUGAAGAGAAUCGAGCCAAAGCACAGAGCUGUAGCUCUGCAGAAAAUAUAUACACAGGAUGCAGUUCACAAAAUGAAACUAAAAGGUUUAACUACAUAUUAACCGCGUUAAUGUGUUUUCAGUCCUACUUUGUGAAGCAAAACCAAAUAGCGUACGAACCAAAAGAAUCGGGGAAGCAAAGAAACAAAACAUGCCAAGUGUGAAAGCAGCCUAAAGUCAUCCUUUUACCAGAGCAGGUGUAGUGAAGGUGUAGGUCAGCGCCAAUACACACAACACCACAAUAUGAGACAAAGUACUGUGAGAAGCUCCUAAGGUGAUGCUUAGCCGUGAAGCCACAUAUUCUCACACACUGAUCAGUGACUUCACAAAAGCACUUCUCCCACUGUUUGUGUAUCAAAUCACCACAAUCUUUUGUUUUCUAUUGCCACGUCCAGUAAUGACUAAUCCUGUCCUGACAUAGUAAUAAUACAAGCUUUGAGAGUAUUAAGUAUAAAGUCGUGGAGGUGUGCAGACCUACCGUGGGGGGUUGGGGGUGGUGGUAUGGUAUUCCGACCUGAUGUCAGUCGGCAAUCGCAGAAGGGAAACGAGAGCGUUAUUAUUAUUAUUAUUAUUAUUAUUAUUAUUAUUGAUUUUUUUUCCCGUUUUUCCUUCUUCCUAUCUUUGGCUUUUUUUCUAUCGACAGAUAUUGAAGUUAACCCUAUUUCAGAAUACAUAUUUUGAUUAAAAAAAGAAAAGAAAAGAGAAUUGUACAUACGGAAAUGUAUUUUUGCACAGGCAUUUUCUUACACGUUUUUUGGUACAGUUGAGAUCGUUAUUAUUUAUUUAGUGAACGGAUCCGUUUUAAGAUUUGAAGUGGUUCACUGCCAAGCCAAUAAUGCAAUAUGCCUCUUACUUACAAAAAUGGAGCUUCUUCUUCUUUAUAAUUGUGGACUGAAAUCCUUAUGAAGGAGCGUUGCCACCAUAGUGGAGAGAGUCAUCUUUUAUUAUUAUUAUUAUUAUUAUUUAUUUUUUAAAUCUGUAUUUCCCUCUUUCUAUUAAGUGAAAUAAAUUUCAAAGGAUGUCAUUAUCAUGGCCCCAAACACACAGAUUUCACCAAAUCACAUUUCACUAGUUGCUCAUCAUUAAGGACCCCUGGGGAUUACCGAAAAAGCAAUUUAAUACCAAGAGAAGGAGAGUGAAACACUUAAUGCACCACCGUUGCCAAACUUAUUUAUAUUUCGAAACACUGCAGUCGUUCUUUUGCAGCUUUUUAAAUACUAACCAAGUGGAAAAGUGCCUGAAUUUGUUUCUCACCUGUUUCAGCAGUCAUUUCUGUCCCACGUUACACAAGUGUUAUUUAUAUAAAUGGUUUUGUCAAAGUUUUUUUUUUUUUUUUUUUUUUGUCUCCAUUAUGUGAUUAUCUUCUCCUUUCACCGCGUCAUGAAACACAACAGCCGAGGGACCAUCGGUACAAAUCGCGUCCCGCCAUUUCGAUACGGAUUACAAACACGCCCUCGUGAUCUUUCCCUCGGAGCGGACCUAGAGUAAAUAACCACUUGCAGACUUUUUUCUAAGAGCAGAGUCGAGAUCGUUUGCCAAUUUGAACGCACUUGUAUGGGCUGGCUAAAAACCUAGCUUGAAAAAAGCUAGCAGAUUAAAUUGACGAAACUGUCAUGUAUAUCUGUAAAUGUGAUAUUUCUAAUACAUUCAAGUAUUUAUUGAUUUUUUUUUUUAUUAAUAAUUUUUAUGUGGACAUUUUGCAAACAUUCACAGCCCGCUUUCUGGAGACUGCUCCUGAAGUCUACACUCAGCCUUCAAAUGGGUAUUGAAACGUCUCUGUUUCAGAAGAUGCUAGAUUCUCUUCAAGAAAACGCUGAGGGAAACUCGAGGGCAUGUUUAAUACGGUAUUGGAACGCAGUCCUGUGCUAAUAGUUCAUUUCUUCUGUUUCUUUGACCGCUUUUCCGCAGUCAGGUUCACAAAUGGUGUUGUGGAUUUUUUUUUGCCCCCCCCCCCCCCUCUUUUCUUUAAUUCCAGUUUAAGAUUGAAUUCUCUUGUCACAUUUAUUCAAGCUCCACUGGCAAUGUUUUCAUAUGAUGGAACUGUAUUUGAUAAAAGAAGCACAGAUAUGGAAUGUGAAUCACGGCGCAGAGAAAAUAAUAUUCACUUGUGUAAAUUUGAGGGGUUUUGUUUUUUUAUCUACAUAAUCCAAUCAUUUGAACAGCUGGACUUUUGUGUGUUGGCUGCUAUGUAAUUCAUGAACAAACAUAGUAGGUUAGAUUUACGUAAUAUUUAAAGAAAAAGAUUGUAUAGUCUAUUUGUUUUGUAACAGGUUUUCUGUAAAUAAAAAAAAAAAGUAA